GAGGAGGGUGCAGAGGCAGAAUUGGCAAAUUGCGAGCUGCCUUUCCUUCCCGAAGUGUAGAGCAGGAGCGUGGGGGAGUGCGGCGGCGGCGGCGCCUCCUCCGCCACCAAACUCCUCCGGGCUCGGCCGGCCUUGGGGCCACCUCCUCUGCCGGGAAGAACCUUUCCAGCGAGGUUUCAGCCUGACUUUUACACCUCCUGUUUCUUUCGUCUUUCUCUCCCUUUUUGAAAAAAAAAAAAUCACAUUUUAUUUUUUUCUUCCUGGCUUCGGACUUCAGACUGCUGCAGCCUGAGCCUUGCCGGGGCUCAGCUUUUUGGGGCUGCCCAUCCCUCGCCCUCUGGCUGUGAAAAAGGACGCGCGCCCUGUUUUGGGCGAAGAAAAAAGGAAAACUUGUCGGAGGGGUUUCGCCUACCCACUGUAACCCCCUUACGGAAAACCCAGACCUCUCUUGGGAGCCAUCCCGAUACCGGGGAAAGUUCCCUCCGUGGCGACAGCCCUUUUGGAUCUGGAGGCGGCACCUUAGCUCGCGGUGGAAUUAGAUCUGUUUUGAGCCCGGUGGAGCGGAUCGCUGGGGCUCGGAAGUCAUCAUCUGUUGGCAUUGCCUGUGUGGAACCGAGUUUGCGAGCCCCGACUGCAAGUGGCCUUUCCUGCUCGCAGUUGUGGUUCGGUGUCUGGAUUGCGGGCUGCAAGUGUUGUGGCAAGUUGCGGAGAGAGACCCAGAGGUCCGGAGAGGACUGAGCUGCUUGCACUCCCUCCUUCCUCUUCCCGGCUCACGGGGGUGAAAGCUCAGAGGAAUUUACGGAGACCACUGGGGCCAGCUCUGAGGGUCUUCAGCUAUUUUUGCUCGCGCUCCCCACCCUACCCCAGACCCCGAGCGCUGGGCGCGGGGAAGGACUGGCGGGGAGAGGGAGGGAGGUCGCGGCGGCGGCAUGGCGGGGUUCCUGAGGGUCGACCUGGCCGCUGCUGGAGUUGUGUUACUUUGCCACUUUCUAAUGGACCGGUUUCAGUUUGCUGAAGGGGAGCCUGGGAACCAAAUCAAUGAUUGGCAAUAUCAAGUCGCUCACAUCUUCCCUCAAACAGAAGAGGAAGUGGAACUAGACACAUAUGCUUUCAGCCACCGGUGGAAAAGGAACUCAGAUUCUUUUAAGGCAGUUGACACAAACCGAGCAAGCAUGGGUCAAGACUCCCCAGAGCCUCGAGGCUUUACAGACCUACUGGAUGAUGGGCAGGACAACACCACUCAGAUUGAGGAGGACACAGAUCACAAUUACUAUACAUCUCGGAUAUACGGUCCAUCUGAUUCUGCCAGUCGGGAUUUGUGGGUGAACAUAGAUCAAAUGGAAAAGGACAAAGUGAAGAUUCACGGGAUAUUGUCCAAUACUCACCGGCAAGCAGCAAGAGUGAAUUUGUCCUUCGAUUUCCCAUUUUAUGGCCAUUUCCUCCGUGAAAUCACUGUGGCAACUGGGGGUUUCAUAUACACUGGGGAAGUUGUACAUCGAAUGCUGACAGCCACACAGUAUAUAGCACCUUUAAUGGCAAAUUUUGAUCCCAGUGUAUCCAGAAAUUCAACAGUCAGAUAUUUUGAUAAUGGUACAGCUCUUGUAGUCCAGUGGGACCAUGUUCAUCUCCAGGAUAAUUACAACCUGGGAAGCUUCACAUUCCAGGCAACUCUCCUCAUGGAUGGACGCAUCAUUUUCGGAUACAAAGAAAUUCCAGUACUGGUCACACAGAUAAGUUCAACCAAUCACCCAGUGAAAGUGGGGCUGUCUGAUGCAUUUGUCGUUGUCCACAGGAUCCAACAAAUUCCCAAUGUUCGAAGAAGAACAAUUUAUGAAUAUCACCGAGUAGAGUUACAGAUGUCAAAAAUUACCAACAUUUCAGCUGUGGAGAUGACCCCGCUGCCUACGUGUCUCCAGUUUAACAGUUGUGGCCCCUGUGUAUCCUCUCAGAUCGGCUUCAACUGCAGUUGGUGUAGUAAACUUCAAAGAUGCUCCAGUGGAUUUGAUCGCCAUCGGCAGGACUGGGUGGACAGUGGAUGCCCUGAAGAGGUACAGUCAAAAGAGAAGAUGUGUGAGAAUACAGAGCCAGUGGAAAGUUCUUCUCACACCUCCACCACAACCACCAUACAAGCAACAACCACACAAUUCAGGGUCUUAACCACCACGAGAAGAGCAGCCACAUCGCAGCUGCCCACCAGCCUGCCCACAGAAGAUGAUACCAAGAUAGCACUACAUCUAAAAGAUAAUGGAGCUUCUACAGAUGACAGUGCAGCUGAGAAGAAAAGGGGGAGCCUCCAUGCGGGCCUCAUCGUUGGAAUUCUCAUCCUGGUCCUCAUUAUAGCAGCAGCCAUUCUUGUGACAGUCUAUAUGUAUCACCAUCCCACGUCUGCAGCCAGCAUCUUCUUUAUUGAGAGACGCCCAAGCAGAUGGCCAGCAAUGAAGUUUCGAAGAGGUUCUGGCCAUCCUGCCUAUGCUGAAGUCGAACCAGUUGGAGAGAAAGAAGGUUUUAUUGUAUCAGAGCAGUGCUAAAAUUUCUAGGACAGAACAGCACCAGUGCUGGCUUACAGGUGUUAAGACUAAAUUUUGCCUAUACCUUUAAGACAAACACAUACAGAGAGACAAACACACACACACAUACACACAUACAUUCUCUCUCUCUCUCUCUCUCUGUCUCUCUCACAAGAGCCCUAAGCUGCUCUAGUAUGAAGGAGACGAGAUUUCCUGAGCCCAGUCCAGGAAGGGGAAAAGAAAAACUAAAAUUUAUACAAGAUACCAUUUACCACUGAACAUAGAAUUAUCUAGUGGAAUGACAUCUAUAUUCAGAACAUCUCCUGGGGACUUAUCAGAAGUAUGGCAAAAUUAUAAUGCUAUUGGCUUAGGUGCAGGGUUGUAAAGGGAUCGGGAGAAAAAUCCCAAAGCUUGAGUUCAUAGGGAUCUAUACCUUUGUUCAAAUUCUUGUCUGAUAUAAUAAAGAUAACUGUGUUCCAAAGCCUGAACCCUUCUCAAAAGAGCAAUGACAAAUAAGAUUGCUGAGACAAAUAGCUCCUGCAGAAGCAAAAACAACUCAAAAAUAAGAAAUUCUCUCUCUUCACCAGAUUUGUGGCAGGAUUUUGUUUUUCUGGUCUAAAUCCACUUAUUCAAACAAGUUCAUUACUUUAUGGAUGGAUGGCUCUUUUAUUUGUACUGGAAGUUUGAACUAUGCCUUGCUCUUCCCUCUUAAGGAAUGUUAAUGACCUGUGACCAAAUUUCCAAACUUUUAGGGAAGGAUGAGGAAAGCAGGAAUGGCAGACAGAUGAGGUUUUCAGCUCCCCCACCUUCAAAUAAAACUUUUUUUUUUAAGAAUUGCCUCUAUUUUCCAACUGUGAAGUCCAAUGAAGCCACGGUUGCUCCUGGCUGAGGAAACACAAACAAUGUGAAGAGUUCUAAAUUGUUUUAGAAGAAAAAGAAGCAAGAGAUUCUAAACAGGUGUUUUUGGUUUUGUUUUUUAACUUUUUGCUAUUUCAGUACUAAAGGCCUGUUUCAUUGUUGAUUCCUGCCCAAGAAGCCAUUCAAGUCAGCAUACCCCUGGCGAUAAAAAGAAUGAAAGAACCCUGCUGAAUCAUACAGUAAUUUUCUUUAAAGCACAUAGUAGUUACAUAAAUAUAUAUAUAAAUAUAUUUUUGUUUAUAACUAACACAAGGCAGGCUCUUGUGAUUCUGAGUGCAUUUUGUCAUCAAGACAAAACAAAUGCAGAUGCAUUACAGCAUAUUUCCAUAGAGUUGUAAAAUAAUCCUUAAUAUUAGAAUAUUUUUAUGUCACUUAGAAAAAUUGGUUCAAUUAGUUGCAGGGCCAAUCAUUUUCCUGCCAAUUUGAGCCACAUUCAUUCAUAUCAACCCCUUCCUAGCUAAAUAAUCCAGAUGCAAAAAUCUCCUUAGGAAGGACCUGUUAUUUGACCUGUAAUCACAAUUCAGAUUUUGAAACUUCCCCAUAAAAGGAGAGGCAUCCCUUGAGGAGGAACAUGACACCCACAUAAAUAUAUACCAAGCUCCUAAAGGUUCAAUACAGGUACUGUGUGUACAACUCCAUCAACAUCUCGACCCAUACAGCUUACAUCCCGUGCCAGAAAAAGCUGUUGGUUCGGGUAGGGUGUAGUAUCCAACAUUUGCAGAUUCAGGUAUCAAGAAGCAGAGAUUUCUCCUAAGCAGCAUUUUACUAACAGAUCAACAUCUUUCCAAGUGUCUACGUAAAAGGACAUUUUCACCAAACUAGUGUCAUUUUCCAUCAUUUAUAUUUUGCUUUAUAUUUUUAAGUACCUGAUGAGGGUAGUAAUUGUUUUCUGAACCGACAUAGUAACUACAAAGAAAUUGACGAGCAAAGUAAUUGAAGGAUGUGAUGACAAUCUCUCCUGCAGCUAGGUUCAGUUUACAUGAACUAGUCCACCUUAUUUCUUGUGGAGUACAUUUAUGCAGAUGCCAAUAACCAAAUGACUUGCCAAUGUAACUGGUGCAACUGGUAUUCUACAAAAGCAUAAACACAGACGAUUCCUUUUAGGAUAAGAUGCUACUUUCAUGGUCGCUGUGACUUCCAAUAGCGGCUGAUUGACAUAGUAUAAAAAAACCUGUGUGUAUAUAUAUAUCCAACUCCUUACACAAUUCUUUGGAGUAGCAUGUUCUCUUUAGGCCUUUCAGAGCUCAUUUUUCAUUUUUGAUUCAAAAGAAUUGGCAAUGCUAUUAAAGCAAACAUGAAACUCUGAACUGUCCAAUGAAGCAAAGCACUAAGUAAUAGGGAAAACUUUUGGAAAGAAAAAGCCUACUGACUUGAGGAAAACAUUCCUAAUAAAACAAGGUGGUUAGACAUUCCUAUUCUGUAGCAAUCAUCAACUGGGAACGGGACUAUCAGGCUGAAUCCUUACUUUAAUGAAACUUCCACUCUGCUUCAUACUUAUGAUUCGGUUUUGGUACCCAUUUACUACAAAAGAUGACUAGACCUGCACAAAAUUACUGGAGAUUCAGAGUAAACUCUACAUAUCAAAAAGGACACAAUGACUAGAGGAUAACAGUAACAAUUUUAAAAUUUAAAAUAAUGCACAUCCGGAGAAAUCAGCUAAAUGGUGCUACAAAGGGAUUUUGUUAAUUCAUCUUCAUUAUUUAUAAAAAUAAUCCUCAGUGAUUCAUUAAAAAUACUAAAAAGAAAAAUAUAUUAAGUCCAGCAGAAGCACAAUAUUGGUUUACUUACGAAUGCUUUGGAAUUAAAGUUAUACUAACAAAUUGAAAUCUCAAGCUCAAUUAUAAUGUUUAAUUUAUACCCCAAUUAUUAUUUUAGUUUGAGAUUCCUAGGGCAAUUUCUAAUCUCUCUCACAUGUAGCGUGUAGGUCUGUGUUGUCCAUUAUGAUAGUCAUUUGCCAAAUGUUACUAUAUAAAUUAAAUGAAAUAAAAAUGUAUUUCUUCAGCCAUAUUAGCCAAUUACAUUUGAGCUUCAUAUAUUGAACAAUGCAAAACAUUCCUAUCAUCAGAAAAAGUUCUGUCACACAGAGUUCUAGGUCUUUCUAAUUCCCGCUCCUUGAAUAAGGAGGAGGAAGAGGGAAAAAAAAAAUUUGGUCAUUCUUGGAUAUAUCUGGUGACUUUUUAUCACAGAGAGGUAGCACUGAGCAAUGCAAAGAAUAUUAGCUGACUCUACUCUGAGUUUCCCACUAUGUUACUGGGAAAAUAGCUUUAACCUCCAUGAAUCUCAGUUUGCAAUUUUGGAAAAUAAAAGUGUUUGUCCUGUCUCCCCUGCAAGAUUAUUAUCAUGCAGAUUUACUAAAUGUACAGAUGUACAGACUUAAAAUUGAAUGUCACUUUAACACACACAAAGCACAUUCAUUGAUCCAGAACACCACAAAAUGCAUUCAGAGGAAGAAAAUUCCACAGAUUCUAAUUUCUUGAAAAAAUACCAAAGAAAGUAUUUUAAAACACAAAGCAGAAAUACUUAAUUUUUUUUCACCUUAAUAUUUUCUAUACCUGACAUUUGCCAAUUCUCUGUUCUCUCAUGGCCAUGUCUUCUGCGUGCAGCUUUCCAACUGGUUCAGUUCUCUAUACUGUAGUCAUGUGGCCUCUCUAGGUUAUCCUGAUUUCUCAACUUACUCUUUACAGCAAAGGCAGGCCCACGAGCUAAUCAGAAUAAAGUACUCAAAUGAUUCUCAAUACCUAUUUUAUCCACAUAACACAGAUAUGACACAAAUGCCAUCUAAAAAUAUAUGAAACUUCAUAUGUAAAAGUUUGCAAGUACAGAUUAUAUAAAAGGAAUAAAAUUUUAAAUAGUUAUAUUAUCAUAUGCAGAUAAUUCUCAGAUCUAUUGGUUAUUGGCAAAAAUAAAAAUUUUAUGCUAUUUCUUCAUUUUGAAGGAGUAUAAAGUUGAUAAUGCCCCCAGAGUCUGUUGCUCAUUUGAGAAAAAGCUUUGCUAGAACACAUGCUCAGUUCAAGAUUACUUCCAUUCCAUGAUAAGAAUUAAUAUUUAAAUUCGAUUAACUUAAGGUAAAAAGAACCCUAUGGGUAUGGUUUCUUUCUCCUAUGAAAUGUUAUUUCCCUUUUUAUUUCCUUGGGCAGUUUUCAGAUAUUUUUCUAAGACAUGCCUUGCUAAUUCCUGACGACUGUACUUGCUUUUUCCCUCCUGCUCACUGCACCCCCAUCCUUCGGUAUCUGUAUCCAUGUUAGAUUCUUAGGAAGCAUCUAAUAAACCCUUUUCAUCAUACAGAAUAGGAAACUGAGGCCUGCCCCAGGGUCUCUUUGGUGGCCUGGGGGUUAAGUCUUACUGCUAUACCCUAGCUAUGCCACCAUGGCCUGAUUUCAAUCCCCAGAGCCAAGGAGCUGACCCACAUGGCGCAGCAGAACUCU